UUCCCAAAAUCCUCCUUUUGCUCUUCUUCUCCUCCACAGGCAUAGCUCAUUCUCAUGCCGCCAUUGCCAUGAGAUCAAACAGGGCAUCCUCCUAUCUCCUUCCCUGAAGCUCCAAUUCCUUCUAUUUGGAUUCUCACUGUUUGCCUUGGAUUUUUUUUUUUUUAUAUAAUUUAAUCGUCUAAGAAUGUUUUGUUCUAAACUGGGAGCUGCCAAUGAAUUCGGCUUUGGUUUCGUUUUCGCCAUUUUGUAAUUGGAAAUAGAAGAAGAAUAUGUUGGUCUGAGAGCUUGCUUGCUUGCUACUGUUCCCUUUUAAUGCUGCAAUACGAACAUAAACUGUUUGAGAUUAUUCCUAACUGAAAGUUAUCAGCUAAGUUUCUUGUGGGAAUGCUUCAGUGUGUUGUCUAAGUACGAGCUUUAUGUUGUGGUUUUAGUUUGUUUGCUGAAACACCAUGACUGUAAGAUGGCCCAGAAUUUUAACACCCACACAUCUCUCUCAGAUCAUACGCAAUCAGAAAAACCCAUUAACGGCUCUCCAAUUCUUCAAUGAAGCUAAAUCUAAGUACCUGAGUUACCGUCAUAACGGGCCGGUAUACGCCACCAUGAUUGGUAUCCUUGGAAAAUCUGGCAGAAUAACUGAGAUGAAGGAGGUGAUUGAGCUGAUGAAAAAUGACUCUUGUGAGUGCAAGGAUUCUGUUUUUGUAGCUGCAAUAAAGACCUAUGCUAAAACUGGAAUGCCUGAUGAAGCACUCUCUCUGUUCAAGAGCAUUCCACAGUUUAACUGUGUGAAUUGGACCGAGUCUUUCAAUACCAUCUUGCAGAUAAUGGUCAAUGAGUCAAGGUUUGAUGACGCUGGACGUCUUUUCUUGGAUAAUUCUUCUCGAUGGGAGGUGAGCUCUCGCAUUCAGUCCUUGAAUCUGUUAAUGCGUACUCUGUGCGAAAAGGGUUGUUCGGAUGUUGCAUUACAGGUUUUCCAAGAGAUGGAUUAUCAGGGAAUUCACCCUGAUAGGGAAAGUUAUCAGGUUUUGAUGAGGGGGUUAUGUCAAGAUGGGAAGCUAAAUGAGGGAAUUCAUUUGUUGUACUCGAUGUUUUGGAGGAUUUCUCUGAAGGGCAGUGGCGAGGAUGUUGUGAUCUAUAGAACCUUGUUAGAUGCUUUGUGUGAUAAUGGGAAGGUUGAAGAAGCAGUGGAGAUUCUUGGGAAGAUAUUGAGGAAGGGGCUUAAGGCUCCUAAGCGAUGUCGUAUCCGCAUUGAUCUCAGUCAAUGCAGCAAUUUUGAAGACGUGGAAAGCAUUAAGCGACUGAUUAAUGAAGCUCUGGUCAAAGGUGGGAUUCCCAGUUUGGCUAGUUAUAGAGCCAUGGCAGUUGAUCUAUACAAUGAAAAUAAUAUCAAUGAUGGUGAUAAAGUUCUCAAGGAAAUGCAAGAUAGAGGCUUUCGGCCAACACCUUCAGUUUAUGAAGCGAAGUUGGCCGCUUUCUGCAGGAGAGGAGAAUUAGAUGCAGUGAAGGUUGUUGAAGUAGAGAUGGUGAAGGCAAACUGUGUCCCAACUGUUAAAUUUUAUAAUAUUGUGGUGAGAGGCCUUUGUGAAGGAGGCAAAUCAGCAUGUGCUAUUGGGUACUUAAAAAAGAUGGCUAAGCAAAUGGGUUGUGUUGCUGACGAGGAAACUUAUGGUGUUUUAGUUGAUGGGCUGUGCCGUGAGGGCAAAUUUCUUGAAGCGAGUAGAGUUUUGGAGGAGAUGUUGGUGAAGUCUUAUUGGCCUUGUGCUGAGACCUACAAUGGACUAAUCAAAGGUCUUUGCUCUAUGGGUAGGCAAUAUGAAGCUGUGAUGUGGCUGGAGGAGAUGAUUAGCCAGGGUAAGUUACCACAACAUUCUGUGUGGAACUCUUUGGUGGCGUGUGUGUGUCGCAACACGUCUAAUUUUGAUAUAUGUUAUGAGGCCAAUAAUCAGCGGAGGAGCUCUUAGACUGUUUGUGUUGUAGAAUAGCGACCAUCAGGGAAAAAAAAAGAGGAUAUUUAUUUGAGUUUACUGCACGUUAUAUUGUAUGUGGAAGGGCUAACGUAUAGAAAAGAGUCAUUGGUCAGAUUUUAGAGUAUUUGACAUCAGAGGAUUUUCCAUGGAGUGCUUCUGAACAACAGCAUAAUCCCAAAAAAGAAAGAAAAAUAGGCGGUUCUUGCCCUUCUGUUCUGAAGGCCUUGCCUCGGACUGAUUGCGAUGCAUCUUAUCUGUUAUAGGCUACAGCUAUAUGAGAAAUUGUGUUUUCAUCAAGUACAUUUACUCUUAUGUCAUCUCAAAGACUUGUUUCUAACAGUUCUACAUAAGUCAACUAAAACUAUCAGUAUUAAUGUCA